GCUCCCAAAACACGACGCCCUUCUGGGCCUUGCUUCGGUUGGCACAUUCCACUGAAGGGAAAUAUUGUAUCUGUAUCGUCGGGCCGGUAUGUGACCAGAGGACAGAGGCCCAGUCUGCACUCUGCACUCUGCAAUCUAUUUGGAAGUCCUGAUGACGGCCCAAGCGUCGUGUAUUCAUAUCGGAGGAGGACCGUGGUUUCACUGACGCGCAAAGUCUGGAUCAGAACCUUAAAUGGAACAAAUGUCAAGACCAACCGGCUGUGGCCCGCUCAGCUGCUGUGGUUACGUACGCAAGCAACUUAUCAUUUCACCCUCCAUCUCCUCUUGUUCUCAAGCUUGUUGAUCCGGAUGGUUCAGACUAUAGACACCAGUGGCAAAUUUUCCUUACGGUCAGAGGAAGAAAAGAAGGAGGUUUCUGAGAAGUUGAUAGCAAGUCAUCGGCGAGCGUUUGGAGCCACUGAGCCAACACCUAUGGGCGACAACAUACAUCUGUACAAAGAGUACCUACACAACACUACGCAACCACAGGAUGAGAUGACUGAUCCUUUCCGUCGCCAAGAGCGCGAUGAAGGACGGUCGCCUUCCGUAAAUUCGAGUAAUCGUGGCACCGGUGCCAGUGGUUUCGAUUUGUUGGUGGAGGCAAUCGAUCAGCGGAAGCAUAUGGAGGAGCCAGAAGACAGGUUCUCUGAACGGGGCGGUCUCCAAUCAUCUGCGUCCAUCCAUACACCACCAGAGGAGGAAUAUCCAAUUGCGUUUGAGAAUAUCAGGCCUCAGCAGGAAAUCAGUGCAGGGCCAAUGCCUCCGCUCAUCUUGGAGCCUGCCCCUAUCUCGCCAGUCAGUCCGAUCAACCCGUUGAUACCCGCCGGAAAAUCGGCUGUUCCGUCUUUCGCAGGGCUCAUGUCUGCGCUCGAGCAUGGUCGUGGCCCAAAGCAAGCUCUAGUCUGGCCUGAGCUUGUACAGCCUUCGCAGAGGAAACGCAGCGACUCGAUGGUUAUCCCCGUUCAGGCCGCGCCAUUGGCUCCGCAAUUGGUACAGUAUGAUGAUCAUACCUUCGCUCAGCAAAUGGUACGAGCGGAUAGCAUGCGCUGGGCUCCAUACAGGCACAGCUACAACAACGAGCAUCUCUUUCAACAGUACGCUGAAAAAGCUCAGAUAAACGGAGGUCGGUUUCCUUUCUUCUCCCGUCUUAAGUUUGAGUUCAGCACCCUGGAGGUUACUGGAAUCUCUCCCUCCGCCGAACUCCUCCAUCAACCUCCAAAGCAACUACACCUAUUCAUCGAUGCCGAGAGUUGCUUCGGAAUCUCUGGUGCUAUCAUGGUGACCCCCAUGCUGAUUCAGGGACUGGCAAAGACCUGGUUGUCGAAGGGCACGUAUUCCGGGGUGUUGGUGAGAAGUAUCAACAUACAUGCAAAGAGGGCGAACGCUGCGAGAGCACAUACGCAUCCAUAUGUUGCAGAAGCACUAAAGAUGAACAACAUAUUCCUCAAUCUGGUCUACGAUGGCCCGCCUGGAUCACACCCGGCCAAUAAGGUCCUGAUUGAUGAUGUUCAUCAGUUGACGACUGAGCUCCUUCCCGAUCUCAGAGGUCGGGUUACUAUCGCUGUCGUCUCGAACGAGACUGAAGUUAGACAGCCGCUUUCUGUUGCUGCUGCUGUUCGAGGGUACGAUGUCUGCAUAAUCUGCGACAGUGAUUUCUGGCGUCAUCCAACCUCCGUAAACGAUCAGUUGAGGCAGCCCGUUGUGGUGUAUGACAUUCCAAAGCUGCUGAGGCCAUUUGAAACUAGCCCCAGCACCGGACCUAAAACGAACUUUCCGAGAAAAGCUAUAGGCGAAGCUGCAGUCUCCGAAACACCGGCACUUGUGGGACUGCGCAAUGUGGGCCAACCUUCGAAGCCCACACGUCCAUCGAAUAAUGGCAGUAAGAGGCGCUAUCAACCCUACGGUACACCUCCUACCCCGCAAGUAAAGCAGAUGUCAGGUCAUUAUCCGUCACGCACGCCUCCCGGAAACGUGAAGGUGGGUCCAUACAUG